UUUGAAGUGUCCUGUUUGCUUUUAACCGCUGGAAAGCAGACCCCCCCACCACCCCCCGGACGAAGUAUCAGUGACAGUGCGGCUUCACUUUGAUCAGAGCACCCAGCGCUACCUGAAGGAGUUCGCAUGGUCUGUGGCUCAGGGACUGCGUUCCUAGAGACAGGAAGCGCACUUAGAUCRUGAAGUGGUCUGACUGCUGCUUGCCGUUAGCCUGCAGACCUGGGGAUCCCUACCAGCUAAUUGCUGAAGCAAGUGUGGACAACUUCAGCAAGCUGGGAGUGGCGUUCAUGGAAGACAGACUCCAGAUGGAUAAUGGACUGGUGCCCCAAAAGAUCGUCUCUGUGCACUUGCAAGACUCUGCUCUGAAGGAACUCAAGGAUCAGGCUGUACACAAGCAAGCCCAAGUCCUACAGCCAAACCCUGAACCCUCCCUGGAGACCGAGCCUGCGAGGGACUUUAUGGAACACCCUGGCAAGGAUGACCCAAAGGCUCUUCCAGAAGGUUCUUCUCUUCUAGAAGGUUCUUCCAAGCCGAGGAGGGGCAGUGCCUCUGGGAGUGAGCCUCCUGGGGACAGUGAGCAGGGAGCGGGCCCCCUGGAGCAUUUUCACCUCCACCUGUCUAGUUGCCACGAAUKCUUAGAACUUGAGAAUAGCACCAUUGAGUCGGUCAAGUUUGCAUCUGCAGAGAACAUUCCAGACCUUCCCUAUGAUCAUGGCUGCAGUUUGGAGGGUGUUGCCGAUGAGAUCUGCCCUAAAGAAGAAGGGAGGAGAGUCAACAUCACCGGAAAGGCGCCCAACAUCCUUCUGUACGUAGGCCCCGACUCCCAGGAGGCCCUCGGGCAGCUCCAGCAGGUGUGGUCCAUCCUGGCUGACUGUGUGGACACCAACAGCUAUGUUCUGUACCACCUGCAGGRGGAAAGUGUGCUCAGGGACCCAUGGCCAGACAACUGUCUGUUGUUGGUCAUUGCCACCAGGGAGCCCAUCCCUGAAGACCUGUACCAGAAGUUCCUAGCCUAUCUUUCUCAGGGAGGGAAGGUACUGGGCCUGUCUUCAUCCUUCACGUUUGAUGGCUUGCAGGUGACAAGCAAGGGUGUGCUGCAGAAGACAGUCCAGAGCCUGGUUUUCUCCAAGGCUGACCAGAGCGAGGUGAAGCUCAACAUUCUGAGCAGUGGCUGUGUUUAUGAGGAGGGCCCCCGGAAGCAGCUCAGCCCUGGGAAGCUCCAGGGCCACCUGGACAAUGAGGACAAGGACAGGAUGAUCAUGCAAGUGCCUUUUGGAACCUGCGGAGGGGAAGCCAUUCUUUGCCAGGUGCACUUAGAACUACCUCCCAGCUCCUUCACGGUGCAGACCCAAGAAGACUUCGACCUGCUGAAAUCCAGCAACAUGAGAAGAUACGAAGUCCUCCAGGAGAUCCUCUUGGCCCUGGGUGUCAGCUGUGACCUGCGAGAAGCUCCUGCCUUAACGCCCCUGUACCUGCUGUUGGCUUCGGAGGAAAUCCGGGAUCCGAUUAUGCAGUGGCUUGGGAGACAUGUUGAUUCUGAAGGAGUAAUAAAAUACAGCAAGCUGUCCCUCAAAUUUGUUUCAUCUUACACAUCUGAAAUAGGAAUCACUCCCUCUUCGCUACCUGUGAUCACCGAGGCAGAGGUCUUCUCGUCAGAGCAUUUUAACUUAGAGAUCUAUCGACAAAAUCUGCAGACCAAGCAGCUUGGAAAAGUAAUUCUGUUUGCUGAAGUGACCCCCACCACCAUGAAUCUCCUGGAUGGGUAAGUCCUGCCUGGGCGCCCUGGCACCCGCUCCGGGGAAGCCUCUUGUGUUGAUKGUUUUCUGUGACCCCAGCAAAGGAGCGGGGGGUGUGGUUGCACAUGAGACAUUUGAACAAACCUGUUAGCAAGGUAGAUGUUCCUGUCUGAGGAGAGCUAAAUGUAGGAAUAGGAGUUUAAUAAAAUUGCUGGAU